AUGGAUGCCGGAGGUGACGGUGGAGGUGAAUAUUCACCUAAAUUUGUGCUACUCGAAGAACUAGGAGACGACUGUAUUUCUAUUGGGCCAAGAUCAUUCAAUGUUGAUAUUGAAGGAGUUACAUGUGGUAUUGGAAGUCUUGGUGAAGAUAUCGCCCUUGCUGCUGUAAAGAACAUAACAGUAAGUGGAGUUUCUGGAGUUUCUUUUCAAGAAACACACAAUGGCGUAAGGAUCAAAACCAGUAAGGGAAGGAAUAGUUGUGCAACUGGUAUAACAUUCCAAAAUGUAAAACUGGACAACGUACGAAAUCUUGUUCUAAUUGACCAAUAUUAUUCUCCAUAUGGAAUUCCUACAAAGGGAAAUUCUGGUGUGAAGAUCAGAGACGUGCUAUACAAGAAAAUAACUGGAACAUCGGCUACAAAUGUUGCAAUCGCUUUUGAAUGCAGCCAAAUUGUGCCUUGUCAAGAAAUCAAAGUAGAACAUAUAAACUUGAGGUAUAACGAUGGAAAAGAAGAUGCUCAAUUUUUAUGUAAGAAUGCACACAUGACUACAGUUGAUGCUAGUGCUGUAAACCCAUCCCCAUGCCUCUAA